AUGGCCGGGGAGGACUUCGUCGUCGGGGAGCCGGCCGCCGCCACUUCCACGACUCAGUCUCUGAAGCACAAAUAUUCUCAUCUUGGGGAGGGCCGGUAUCGUCCUCCGCCCCUGGAGCAGAUGUACAUCUGCUCGUUCCCAUUUUGCGAUGCCACCUUCAACCGGGGCUGGAAACUGGACGCGCACCUUUGUCAGCACACAGGAGAGCGACCCUUUCUUUGCAUUUUUGAAGGCUGUGGAAAAGGCUUCACUAGAGGUUUCCAUCUUAAGCGUCAUUUUCUUACACAUACUGGAGAAAAACAAUUUGUGUGCACAGUAGAUGAUUGCAAUAAAAAGUUUACAACAAAAUCAAACUUGAACAAGCAUGUUCUACGGAGACAUCAGCAGAGGAAAUAUGUAUGUGACUUUGAAAAUUGUGGGCAAUCUUUUAAAAAACACCAGCAAUUAAAAAUACAUCAGUCUCGACACACUGGUGAACCAUUUUUCAAAUGUGGUCAUGAAGAAUGUGGAAAGCACUUUUCUACACCCAGCCAUCUAAAACGUCAUGAGAAGGUUCACCAAGGUUAUGCAUGCAAAAAAGAGGGCUGUUUGUUUGUUGGAAAAACCUGGUCAGAAUACCUGAAACACAUGAGGCUCAGUCAUGUGGAACCAGUUACCUGUCAAGUGUGUUCCAAAACAUUUAGUCGCAAAGAUUAUCUGAAAUGCCACAUGAAAAUUCAUGCUGCUGACAGAGAAGUUUUUAAAUGUCCAAAGGAGGGCUGUGAAAGGACUUACACGACAGUGUUCAACCUUCAGAGUCAUAUUCUCUCAUUUCAUGAGGCAAAAAGACCUUUUGUGUGUGACCAUCCUGGCUGUGGAAGGCUUUUUGCAAUGAAACAAAGUCUCAUAAGGCAUGUGGUCCUACACGAUCCUGAUAAGAAAAGGUUGGACUCAAAAAAACCACGGCCAAAGCGGAGCCUGGCCUCUCGCCUCAGCGGGUACAUCCCUCCGAAAGCGCAGCGAAGAAGCGUAUCUUCAGCGGAAGAACCUCUGUCUACAUCUGCAGCAAGCAGCAAGCAGCAGGCUGCCGACAGUUGAAAUGCUGUCCCUUGACCGCAGCUUUAGAUGAGCCUAACAGUUGUCAUGAGAGAUGCUCAUAAGAAAUGGCUUUGAGGGGGUGAGCAGUGGCAAGUUUAUGGAAUUGGUAGAGAAGGCUGAAGAUCCAUGCACCAAAAUUACACAUCACAUCCUUUUCCCACUCCAUCUUUAGGAGGAAAAAAAAAAUCACUGCUUUGUAACCUCUGAGUCAUUAACAUUGCUUCCAUUCUCUUUCUGAAUGUCUUCAUUUUUCUCCGCGAGUUUUAAUUUCUGGAUUUCUUUCUUUGACAAAUGUCUCAGCACACAGGUACUCCUUCCUUCUGCAGCGAUAGAGGGCAUGGAGUGGUAAGUGGCCUUCUCGCGCAUCGUAUCCAAAAUCUGAUCAAAAAAUGUUAACUGAAAAUAAGACAAUUUGGCUUAAUGAAUAGAUAGUUUGAAUCUUUUUUGCAUCAGUUAAAGGAUGUCGUUAAAUGCAACCAGUUACUGUAUUUUUAUACAAAUAAAGUGUAACAGAUACUGAACCUAGCAAACUGAAAUUCAAACGGGUUAAACAUUGGUUUACAGGUCUUCAUGAGGCAUAUGCAUUUGUGCAGUCCAAAAUCUUGAGAAUGAAGAUUACAUUCCUAUCUUUCUGAAAGUUUACAGCUGUUACUGCCCCUAACUUCAUCUCUGUGAAGCUCACCGCAUCUUCCACUUCCUCAGCUAAGCAUCCAAGAGUGUAUCAGUUUCAAGUUAAUAUAUACUCUCCCUGGUUUUAAUGAUGCUUCCUUCAAGUAACUUAUAAUUUCAGCUGCAUAGCAAUGAAUGGGACAGGAUAUUAUUUCACUGACAAGUGUGGUAGUAGGCAGUACAAACAAGGCAAGCUGGUUCUGUCUUGGCCCAGACAAGUUACUUCCAUGCACUAAAGCCCCCUCUGAUGAUCCUGAAUUACAAGCAGCCCCAGCCUCCACUGCAAUAGUGAAAGAUGCUGGGAGGUGAAAUAUGUAAGGGACACUAAAUUGGUCUGUGCCAUCCGACUGGAACCAAGUGAUAAUACAGAGCAACUUACAAUACUAGUCUGCUAAGGGAUCAUACCUCAAAAUCUUCCAAGACUUACCAUCUUUUCUGGUCCAUCAGAAAUAGGUUUUUGUUGCAGCAUAAUUUUCACAUGGUACUUCUUGUCAAUCCAUUCUUGAAUUUGCUUUACUUUCGUUCUGAAAUCAUGCUGCUCAGUAAGUGUGGACAUUUUAAUUAUUUUCUGUUGAACAGGCCCUGUUAAAAUGUGAUCAGAAGUUUGCAAUGUACAUUAAACCGUUCUAUUCCAAA